GGAAAUACUGAAAUGGGCUCCAUUAAAACGCAGAAUUUAUCAUCGAUUCCACCGCCAGAUCCGGAUGUAGUUAAAGUAUCAAUAUUAGGCACCGAAUCGAUUAUCUCUGGUUUUCAUUUGACCGAUUAUAUGUUUAGGGAAAUAAUUAGAGAAAUUCCCUCGUCAACUUAUGUUCUAAUAACUGAUGAAAAUCUUGCUCCAAUUUAUUUAUCGAAAAUUACUGCCCGAUUUUCUGCGAUUGCUACCGAAUCAUCAUUUGGCAGUACUGUUUCAUCACGACUAAUCACCUAUAUAAUACCUCCAGGCGAGCAAUCAAAAUCGCGUGCAAUCAAAGCUCAAAUUGAGGAUUUCCUUUUUGAUCAAGCGUGUACACGAGACACUUGUAUUCUCGCAAUGGGCGGAGGAGUAAUUGGAGAUUUGGUGGGAUUUGUAGCAGCUACUUUCAUGCGUGGUGUGCCAUAUGUACAGAUUCCUACUACAUUGCUUGCGAUGGUUGAUUCUUCGAUUGGAGGAAAGACUGCCAUUGAUGUAACUCAUGGGAAAAAUCUGAUUGGAGCAUUUUGGCAGCCAAAAAAGAUUUAUAUUGAUUUAUGUUUUCUCAAGACUUUACCCGAACGUGAAUUUAUCAAUGGCAUGGCUGAAGUAAUUAAAACUGCAGCAGUAAAUAGCGAAAAAGAUUUCGUGAAUUUAGAAAAUGGCGUUAAAGCAAUUCGAGGAGCAUUGAACUUAUUUUUUCGAUUUGAAUUUAUAGGAGCUACAAUUGCAACGCGAACUGAAUCUCAAUCAAUGCUUUUAUCCGUAAUUCUUGCAUCAGCGCAAUUCAAAGCUUACAUCGUGACAAAUGACGAACGUGAAGGUGGUCUUCGUGGUCUUCUCAAUUUUGGACACACAAUCGGGCACGCGAUCGAAGCGAUCCUUACACCUGAAAUGCUUCAUGGGGAAUGUAUCUCUAUUGGGAUAGUUAAAGAGGCUGAAAUUGCACGUAAUUUAGGAUAUUUAAAUCAAGUGGUGGUCGGUAGAUUAACACGAUGUUUACAAAGUUAUGGACUACCUAUUUCUUUGGAGGAGAAAAAAGUAAUUAAUUUAGUUGGGAACAAAUAUUGUUCUGUUGAUAGAGUAAUGAAAAUUUUGAAGCUCGAUAAAAAGAAUCAAGGAGAUAAGAAAAGAAUUGUAAUGUUAACUGGCAUUGGAAAAACCUUAGAACAGAAAGCCACCGUAGUAUCUGAUGAGAUUAUUCAUAAGGUCCUAUCACCUGCUGUAAAAGUAAUACCGUCCACUCCUAUUCAAAAUGUUGCAUUGUCUACUUUAGGUUCAAAAUCUAUUUCAAAUCGUGCAUUAAUUCUUGCCGCAUUAGGGGAAGGAAAUUGUCGAUUGAAAGGAUUAUUACAUUCCGAUGAUACUCAAGUAAUGUUGACAGCUUUACAAAAACUUGGUGCUGCGCAAUUUGAAUGGGAAGAUAACGGUGAUACGUUGGUAGUGAUUGGUGGUGGUGGUGAAGGAAUCAAAGUACCUGAUAGUGAAAUUUAUCUUGGAAAUGCAGGAACGGCAUCAAGAUUUGUGACUACAGUGUGCACACUUGUAGAUCAUAAAAGUAUCACCGAGACAAAAACGGCUACAAUUCUAACAGGGAAUGAUAGAAUGAAACAACGUCCAAUUGCACCACUUGUGACAACUCUUUUGGAAAAUGGUUCGGAAAUACAUUAUUUAGAGAAAGAAGGCUCACUUCCAUUAGAGAUUAAACCUUCAAUUGGAAGAUUUCGAGGUGGAUCAAUUAAUUUAGCAGCCUCCGUUUCAUCUCAGUAUGUCUCUUCAAUCCUAAUGUGUGCACCACAUGCAAGUCAAACUGUCAUAUUGACAUUAACUGGAGGAGAAGUAAUCUCUCAACAAUACAUUGACAUGACAAUAGCAAUGAUGAGUUCUUUCGGAAUUCAAGUUGAUAGACUUGAAGGUGACGUGUAUCGAAUUCAACGAGGGCGAUACAAGAAUCCAGAAGUUUAUAUUAUUGAAUCAGACGCCAGUUCAGCCACUUAUCCACUUGCUAUCGCUGCUAUAACAGGUACUACUUGUACUAUUACGAAUAUUGGCUCCAAUUCUCUUCAAGGUGACUCAGAAUUCGCCGUAAAAGUUCUCGUUACGAUGGGAUGUAAAGUAUCACAAACUUCCAUAAGUACAACUGUUCAAGGACCUCCGCUCGGAACUUUACAAUCAUUACCUGAAAUCGAUAUGGAAAGUAUGACAGAUGCAUUCUUGACAGCUUCUGUUCUUGCGGCUGUUGCCACCAAAAACACAAAGACUGGAGAUAAUAUUACACGUAUUGUCGGAGUUGCGAAUCAACGACUUAAAGAAUGUAAUCGCAUUGCUGCGAUGGUUCAUGAAUUAUCAAAAUUUGGAAUUGAAGCUUUUGAAUUACCGGAUGGACUUGAAAUUCACGGGAAACCAAUUCAAUCACUUAAAGCACCAAUUGAAGGAGUUAAAUGUUAUGAUGAUCAUAGAAUUGCGAUGAGUUUUAGUGUGCUUAGUUGUGUUGUGCCUGGUGGAACAGUUAUUCGCGAGAAGAAAUGCGUAGAAAAAACUUGGCCAACAGGAAAAACGAUACUAGGAAAAGUUGCGGCGAAAACAUUGAAUCGUCAAUUUAUUGAUAUGGAUCAUCAUUUUGAGACAACAUUCAAAAUUGCGCUCACCGAAUUUGUAGAAAAAGAAGGAUGGGAAGCAUUUCGUGCAAAAGAAACAGAACUACUUUCAUCGUUAUUAGAAAAUAAUGGUUUUGGAUAUAUUAUUUCUUGCGGAGGUGGAAUUAUAGAAACUGAAAACUCACGUGAAAUUCUACAAAAAUAUAUAAAUGAAAAGAAUGGAAUAGUCGUGCAUCUAGUAAGGGAUAUCGAUGAAGUGGAAAAAUACCUUGGACAAGAUAAAACCCGACCUGUUUAUGGGGAAACAGUACGUGAUGCAUGGAAAAGACGUGAACAAUGGUAUCGACAAUGCGCUAAUUACGAAUUUGUUGUUGCUACAAAUACAACAGUCGCGUAUCAAAAUGAGCAGGUUAUUGAUGGUAGUACUAUCAACAACGUCAAUAAUGAUAAUCAAAAAGAUUUUGAUGCGGAAUGGCUUAAAGUAAAAAGAGAUUUUUUCCGAUUCUUAAAUUUCAUUACAGGCAAAGAAACUAACCACGUGGAUUUUGACAAAAUUGAAAAAACAUUUUUCGUCUCGUUGACUUUUCCUGAUGUUAGAUCUGCACUACCAAAAAUUGAAGUACUUACUAAUGGUGCAGAUGGCAUCGAAAUAAGAAUUGAUUUACUUUCUUCAUCAUCUCUUAUAUAUGUCGGUCAACAAUUGGCACUGUUAAGAAGAUAUUCUGCGCUUCCAAUUAUAUUCACAGUUCGCUCAAUUGAACAAGGCGGAAAGUUCCCGAACAAUGCUGAAGACAAGAUGUUUGAGUUGUUGCAGCACGCGAUAAAAUGGGGAUGUGAAUAUAUCGACGUAGAAAUUACAUCAUCAUCACAAAAGAUUGAAAAUUUGCUGAGAUUAAAAGCAAAUAGUAAAACAAUUGCUUCUUGGCAUGAUCGAAUUGGUAAGAUGAAAUGGAAUGGAAAUGAUAUCAAAGAAAAAUAUAGACUUGCCGAUAAAUACGGUGAUGUCAUAAAACUUAUCGGUAUUGCAAACGCAAUUUCCGAUAACUUUCAACUAGUAGAAUUUGUUCAAUCUCGCGAACAGAACAAUCAAAAGAAACCAAUAAUUGCAAUUAACAUGGGUGCAAAAGGACAACUUUCUCGUAUUCUAAAUAAAGCAUUCACCCCUGUAACUCAUCCCGUUCUACCGACAAAAGCAGCACCCGGUCAAUUAUCAAUUGCCGAGAUACAUGAAGGCCUUCACUUAAUCGGACUUUUACCCAAGAAAAAAUUUUAUAUUUUUGGAACGCCGAUAUCUCAUUCAUUGUCUCCGACACUUCAUAAUACGGGAUUUGAGAUGUUUGGUUUUCCAUAUCAUUAUAAUUUGUUCGAAACUGAGAACAUUGUUGAUGUUAAGCCAGUAAUUGAAGAUUCGGAAUUUGGUGGUGCAAGUGUUACCAUACCAUAUAAAGUUGAUGUUAUUCCAUUAUUGGAUGAAUUAAGUGAACAUGUAAAAAUAAUUGGCGCUGUUAACACGAUUAUUGUGAAAGAAUUAGAUAAAGAGACCAGUGCUUCGACAAAAAAAAGAAUACUUUAUGGUGAAAACACUGAUUGGUUGGGUAUAUUUUUUUGUAUUAAAAGAAUCAAUGACAAAAACACGUCUCCCAUUGACUCAAAAUCAUCAGCUUUGAUAAUUGGGGCCGGAGGAACAUCACGAGCAGCUAUUUACGCAAUACAUAAGCUUGGCAUCCCUAAAAUAUAUCUUUAUAAUCGUACCCACAAAAAGGCCACCGACUUGAUAUCAGAAUUCCCGUCGAGUUAUGGAUUGACCGCAAUUCAGUCACUCUCGGAUCGUUUAUUGACAUCACCCCAAAUAAUUGUAUCGACAAUUCCCGCGGAGAAUGAUCUUGAAUUUCCCAAUGAAAUAUUUGCAUUUGGUAAACAUGGAAUUGUGGUCGAGUUGCCUUACAAACCACGCCGUACUCGAUUAUUGGAAAAAGCUGAACACGAACAUGGAUGGAUUGGCGUGGAAGGUGUUCAAGUGUUGAUUGAACAAGGUAUCUGGCAAUUUGAACUUUGGACUGGACGUAGAGCUCCACGUGACUCAAUGACCCAAAAAGUUUUGGAAAAAGUAACAAACUUUUAA